AUGUCACAUUUAAUUCUUAACGAGGUUAUUGUAGAUAAACCAAAUGUAUCAUGGGAAGAUAUUGUUGGAUUGGAUGCAGCGAAACAAGCUUUGCGUGAAAUUGUGGUGCUUCCAAAUCUUCGACCAGAGUUGUUUACCGGAUUGCGUGCACCUGCACGUGGGGUUUUGCUGUUUGGUCCACCUGGUACUGGAAAAACCAUGUUGGCAAAGGCAUUGGCAAAGGAAUCCAAGGCGACAUUUUUUUCUAUUAGUGCAUCCACUCUCACGUCUAAAUAUUUUGGCGAGGGUGAGAAAAUGGUUCGCAGUUUGUUUGAAAUGGCAAAACAGCUUCAGCCAUCCGUUAUAUUUAUUGAUGAGAUUGACUCCAUAUUAACAGAGCGAUCCGAAUCGGAACACGAAGCGUCACGGCGUCUCAAAACAGAGUUUUUGCUUCAAUUUGACGGGAUUGGUAGUUCUUCGGAUGAUCGUGUGUUGGUAUUAGGUGCAACCAAUCGGCCCCAAGAACUGGAUGAGGCUGCAUUGCGACGACUUGUCAAGAGAGUCUAUAUUCCACUUCCAGAAGCAACCACGAGAUCUGCCUUGCUCGUGCAUUUACUUAAAAACCACAAACACUCAUUGUCAGAGGCAGAUGUUCGACGCUUAGUUGGAGCAUCUUCUGGGUAUUCAGGCAGUGACCUGACUGCUGUUGCACGAGAAGCAUCGCUAGGACCUAUUCGUGUACUUGGAGAUAAGCUCAUAUCUACACCAACUGAAGACAUCCGCGGCAUUACACUUGGUGAUUUCUCACAUGCACUAAAGAUUAUUCGGCCCUCAGUGUCGGCAUCUACUAUUCAAAUAUUUGAAAAAUGGAAUCUGGAAAAAGGGACAGCCGGUGCAUAAUCCGGUAGUUUUUUUACAACGAAUGACAUUAUAUAGCAGUCUGCAAACAUUAUCGAAUAAAUAAUCAGGUUUAGAACGCAGUAU